AUGUCCAAGAACAUGUCCACUGCUCGCAAAUUCUCUAAGCAAAGACCUAAACAAAUGCCCAAUAUUCAAUAUGAAUCAAUGAGUGGAGAAGCGGCGCUUGAGUUCGUCUUCAACUCCACACAUGGACACCAUUUUGACCAAAGAAACUCCUUAGUUCAGCCCGGAAAUGAUGAUGAAAGAUGUGACUUGUUUACGGGCCGUUGGAUUCGGGAUGUGAGAGGGCCUUUAUAUACAAAUUUUAGCUGUAAAACGUUGCCCUAUCAGAGGAACUGCUUAUUGCACGGACGGACGGACAAGGACUUCCUUCACUGGAGAUGGAAGCCAGACCAAUGCGAACUUCCAGUCUUCAACCCCAGGAGCUUCCUGAACAUUGUUCAAGGAAAGACGAUGGCUUUCAUCGGUGACUCCCUUGCCAGGAAUCAGAUGGAAUCGCUUCUCUGUUUACUGUCUGCGGAAGAAACGCCAAACCAAGUAUACAGGGAUGCGGAAGACCGAACCGCAACAUGCCACUUUCCUCGUCACAACUUCACCAUCAUUGUCCUCUGGACCCAAUUCCUCGUCUCAGCCUCGGAGAUAAUAGUAAAUGGGUCAGCAACCGGCGGAUUCCAUUUGCACCUUGACAAGAUCGACGAGAGUUGGGUGCAAAAACUAUCUGCCAUCGACUACGCCAUUAUCUCGGAUGGCCAGUGGUUCUUCAGACCCAACUACCUGUAUGAGGGCGGUCGUUUUGUUGGAUGUAUUUACUGCCAGGAGACUAAUGUGACGGACCUCGGUCCCGGCUUUGCCAUCCAAAAAGCUUUUAGACUUGCUCUUAAGCACAUAAACGACUGCAACAACUGCCCGAGGAUUGUGACUAUAUUAAGAACAUUCUCACCAUCCCAGUUUGAGAAUGGCGGAUGGAACACUGGAGGGACCUGCACUAGAACGAGCCCAUUGGCCCCAGAGGAGAUUAAGGAUGGUGGUGGCCUGGAUUGGUAUUAUAGGAGGAUUCAAUUGGCAGAGAUUGACAGUGCACGCAAAUUGGGAGAGAAAAAAGGGAAUGCAUUUGAUAUUCUUGAUGUUACAAGAGCUAUGCUUAUGAGGCCUGAUGGCCACCCUGGGUUACACUGGGGAAACCAAUGGAUGAAGGGAUACAGUGACUGCAUCCACUGGUGUUUGCCAGGACCCAUUGACACUUGGAACGACUUUUUACUUCAAGUGCUCCGAAGACAAUCCCGCAAUCCUCUCGGCUCUAGAACGCAUGGCUCAAGAUUCAUAGGAAGAAGGUGAAACGCAAAUAGAAUCAAAGAUGUGCUAAAUCAAAUGUAUUUCACAGUAUACUCAUCAACCACCAGCAGUCCGCCAAGCAGUUGAGACUUGAGAGAUCCCACCGCCCUCAUCCAUUUCAUCUUUUUAGGCCUAAAAGAAACUGAUAACAGAUAAAAGAUGUCGAAGCAGGGAUUUGGUGGUGCUGUUAAAAUAUACAGCCAGUUAUUAUUCAAGAACCUGAAUUUCUUCAGAACCGUGUCAUGCUCAGGGGCCAAUCACUUCUUAAGACAAAAAUACUCAGUACUUUCUAAAAUGUAAAAUAUUAGAAGAUUAUAUGAAACCACAGACUAAAGAAGGGGAAUUGCUCGCUGACAUAAUUUCCAAUAGAAUAUACCAUUUGGCUGAGAAAGUAAAGGAAAUAAUAUGUAGUUGUCAGCAAGGCAAUUCAAAUAAAUUUUCAAGCUAAGCAAGGCUAAAGUCCUAUUCUUUACCAAGAAGGGAAAAAAAAAAAAGAAAAGAGAAAGGUCAAGUCCUAUUAG